AACCUUCCGUUCUCACAAGGCUUGAAAAGGGCUGGCAAUUACAUUUCCCCUUUUUGCAGUUCUUUUGCUUUUAGGUUGGUUUCCGCAGGACAGUGAAACACCCCCUGUCAUCCCACCUUGGCAGAAGAGAAAAGUGUGUGAAGUUGCUGUAAUUAAAAAGCAUUUUGCACUACCAAAAUGUAAAAGAAUUCUCAGUUCCGUUUAUUUACUUUACGGUACACCACAUUUCCUGUCACAAAUUUCUAACUCUCUUUCUCUCAGAAGUAGAUUUUAUUUGCUGAAAGGGUGGAUAUAUUCAGGAUUGAUCAAGAGGGAACAACAAAUCACUGGCCAGUUGGGCGGAGCCUCCAAGUCAGCUGGUUUGAAAACCAGCUCACUACAAACCUUUGGUUUGCAAACAUCCUCAUUGAUUCCAGGUUUGCUCCAGCAGGAAGACACACGUGCAGAAAAGCCUCCAUGAGAACGUUCCCUGCAGACUCCUCCUUGCCAGCCGGCGUGGGAGAAAACCGUGUAAAGCUUCGAGGAAAAUGUCUCAGAAUUAUCUUAUUUUUGUCUCCUGCUAAGCUUUUCUGCUGGUUUGCAGUGAAUAUCAUCCUUGCUGUGGCUUUUAUUGCUGUGUCAGUGAGAAAGGAAAAAACAGGUACUACAAACCCUGAAGCUGGUCGUGCCAAUUGCUCAAGAGACUGGAUUGAAUUUGGAAGUAAAUGUUUUUAUUUUUCUGAAUUCACAAGUAACUGGACAUCCAGCCAGACCUCCUGCAUGACACGAAAGGCCCAUCUAGCUCGAUUUGACAGCCUGGAGGAGCUGGAUUUCCUAAAGAGACACAAGAAUGAUUCUGCCCGCUGGAUUGGCCUGCACAGGAAAUCAUCAGAGCACUCUUGGAGGUGGACAGACAACACUAAAUACAACAACUUGGUUUCCAUCCGAGGAGAAGGAGAAUGUGCCUACUUGAGUGACAGAGGGAUCAGCAGUAGCAAGAACUACAUGCCUAGGAAGUGGAUUUGUUGCAAGCCCAAGAGCUAAACUUUAUAGUGCCCAGAAGUUUCAUAGCUUGUGUCAAAGCAAUCAUGAGAGACCUGUAACAUGUUAUCUACAGUCGCUGACUCAUUUCUUUAUCUUCUAAAAUUAUCAAAAUCAAUUCAUAAUCUGUGGUGAUAUCCAAGAUGAAAACCAUCAUAGACAACUAUACUUAUGGGUGUUUUGGAGUCUAUGAGAGAUUCUAAAUUAAUUUCAGUGCUUUGGUAUGAGUUGGUAUUCAUAUCUUAAACGUGAAUAGCAAUCCUGUCAGCAUUAGUGACCUCCACUUUUAUGACCAGAUAUGAUUUUUUCCAUUAGUUCUUCCUUUGAAUGACUGAGACCUUAAAAAAAUGAAGGGAGGACAGGGUUGAGCCAAGAUGGCUGCAGCACACAUGGCUGCUGUAGAGGGCUGGAGGGGGAGGCUUCCUCCUGCACCCUUCCCCCACAGCUCUGGGUAUCCUGCCCCAGGCCACAUCACUGGUCUGCAGCCACCAAGGAGGAGUCUCACACACCAAUGCCUCAGCCUCUGCACCCCAAGCCAAAGCCUGAGUGGUGUCCUGCUGUUAGAAAAUCAUGGAAGAGUGUCAGAGAGAAUGGUUGUAUCUCUGGUAAAUGUGCCCUGGCAUGUCUGGAGUAUCUGUUGUCAGAACCUUUUAAAAAAUGUUUGAAGAUUGA